GGGAACUCACGGAAGACCGAAGGGCGAAGACCAGUACUCCAGAUUCCGGGCGAAGGCUGCUGAAGGACCGAAACCAGACGGAGGCAGUUUUCAUUCUUGAGGUGAUACACGUUGGGGCUCUCACUACAAAACUCUUGUUCGUCUUUUUGACAUGUGGAAUGCUAUUGGUACAGUGCUAUCUUCGUUACACAAGCAUGGUGAAACACUCAAAAUUAAAAACAGUGCUAGUGGCAUUCUUGAUAAAAUGGAUUCUUUUGAGUUCGUUUUUAUUGGAAAGUUUAUGUUAAAAGUUCUAGGUAUGACUAACACCUUAUCAAAGAUAUUACAAGCACGAGAUCAAAAUAUUAGUUGUGCUUUGAAUAUGAUUGGUGUAGUAAAAAAGAACUUACAAGAUUUUAGAGAUCAUGGUUGGGAUGCUUUUUUGAAGGAAGUUAGUGAAUUUUGUGAAAAACAUGCAAUUGAUGUACCUAACAUGGAAGAUUAUAUUCGUGGGCGAUCAAGAAAGAAGAUGGUAGGUGGUGAACCCAUGACAAAUUAUGUGCAUUUUCGUGGAGAGAUCUUUGCAAAGGUCAUUGAUAUUCUUACUGUGGAAAUGGAUAGACACUUUACAGAGACAAAUACAAAUUUAUUAAGAUGUGUAAUGUGUCUUGAUCCUUCUAAUUGCUUUGCGAGUUUUGAUCAAGAUCGACUAUUGGAACUUGCUGCAUUAUAUUCAGAAGAUUUUAGUUCUAGUGAUCGAGUUGAGCUUAUUCAUGAACUUCAAAAUUACAUUUCUGAUAUGAGAUCGAAUGAAGUUUUUGCUAAUAUUCCCAAUCUUGGAACGCUUUCAAAAAUUGGCAUCUCGGAAAAAUUUUCUACGGCCUCAAACAACUCUUACUCCGUUGCACAAAUAGAAGUCCUCCCUGGCUCCGCCUCUGCUUGUGCAUGUACAACUCAGGGGCGGAGGAGGGGGGGCACGCCUGGGCAAGUGCCCCCCGGCGAAAGUCCGGCGAAAUAGCAUUAGAGUACGGUACCAAUCGGCAGUGAUGGGAGGCCGGAUUUGCCCCCAGAUCUGUCGCAGCAGCCGAUUACUCCAGGGCAGUCCAGCCGAUCGAAGAAGACGAUAGGAAGAAGCAAUUCUCGAAAAAAAAUAAUAGAAACAAAACGACGUCGUUUUGUAAAAUUAAAAUGGCCCAGUUCUUUGACCCAGUCCACGACCCAGUAGUUGAGUAGCCCAAUUACCCUUAAAAAAACAGAAAAUGGAAU